AUGAGUGAGACAACAGGGACCAGGGUGAUGUGCCUAUUUUUGGCGGCUCUUUUAAUGGCCGGAACUGUUUCGGGUGGUAAGACAAGCUCCAGCUCCAAGUGUCAGGAAAAGUCCCUUACGACUGCCAGCGGAUUAAAGGCACCGUCAGGUCCGUUCUGUCCUGGGGAUCUCAUUUUCGAGGAUACGUUCGAUGGCUUUGAUCUGGAUACUUGGCAGCACGAAAACACGCUCGCUGGCAAUACGGACUCGGAGUUUCAAUGGUUUACCAAUAACCGAACGAACUCGUUCGUCAGAGAGGGCAACUUGUUUAUUCGGCCAUCGCUGACGGUGGACGAGUUCGGUGAACCUUUCCUGCGUUCCGGCGUUCUUAAUAUUCACGGUGGAUCCCCGGCGGAACAAUGCACCAAACAUUCACCGGCCGGUUGCGAACGGGUUGGAUCCCACGGACAGGUACUGAAUCCGGUAAAGAGCGCCAGCAUCCGGACGGUCGAAUCGUUUGCGUUUAAGUACGGUAAGGUUGAGGUAAGCGCCAAACUACCGGCAGGAGAUUGGCUCUGGCCAGCGAUUUGGUUUCUGCCAAAGGUGAACGCGUACGGCCGUUGGCCCGCAUCCGGCGAGAUCGAUCUGCUCGAAUCAAAAGGUAAUCGGGAUCUGAUUAAGAAUGGCAUCAAUGUCGGGAUUGAGCAGGUCACGUCCACACUGAAGUUUGGUCCGAAUGCUGCGUACGAUUCCGGCUACGGAGCUUCGGGCACUUCGUUUACGCGCAAUUCGGAGUCUGGCAAGGGUUACCAUACCGGUUUCAAUCGAUACCAGAUGGAAUGGACACCGGACCACAUAACGUUCAGCAUCAAUGACAUCGAGACGGGUACGGUGAAGGUUGGGACCGGCUUUUGGCAGAAGGGCAACUUCAAUAUCAGCGCACCGGGUAUUGAUAAUCCAUGGCGGUACGGCAGCAUUAUGGCACCGUUCGAUCAGGAGUUUUACUUCAAAAUUUCGGUGUCCGUCGGUGGGUCGGAGUAUUUCUCAGACGACGAUAUCAAUCCGACACCCAAACCGUGGCAGAACGGAGCACCGAACGCAAUGACCGAAUUCUGGAACGGUAAGAAUGAUUGGUUGCCCACGUGGAAGCUGGAUGACAGCGAUUCGAAGGAUGCAUCGAUGCAGGUGGACUACGUACGGGUUUGGGCCCUAUGA